CGCAGUUAGAGCAGAUUGAUAUUGCCACUGGUAGUUAAUUCUGACGUCCGUAUACUUCGAAAAUAAGCUAUCAUUGUGAAAAUCGUGGCUCUUGGAACGACAUUGUUCGUUGUCCCAGCGCAACAGCAGUCUCGCGAAUGCAGCGCAUGAAUAUCAUCUCUAGCAUGCCACUUCGGAAGUAGGUCACCGUUUUACCAUGUCUCAGCUCUAUUGGGUGCUCGUUAUAUUUCUCAAUUACACGUCGACACUGUUCGUCAUUUAUAAAAAGGUGUAAUUUGAAGUAAAGAGUGGACUCAAAUCGACCAUCUAUCGUGUCCUAAGGGUCUGUAUGAAGGGAUGUGAUGACCCAUGCACGACAGAAGGACUCUCUGAGCAGAUACCAUCCCGGUAACUCCUGGGAGCAGGUAGGGGGGGUGCCACAUGCUGAGGCCAUGGUGGGGGGAGCCCGGCCUGAUCGCCCAAAACUAAAAAGAGGGAGGCCCAAGAAGAUCAAGAGGGGCAGAGCGAAAGAGUGCAAGGAUCUGCGAGUGGUGGAGAAGAAGGAGGAGGAGAAGGACAGGAAGCUGUACCCUCUCAGGGCCAGGACACUGGAUCAAUGUGAGGGGGACAGCCUCGACUGUCGCGUCCUUCUCACCCGUCUGGAGGAGAGUGGUGAUGAGGACAAGGCGAGCUGCUUGAAGUGUCGAAUAGAGACCAAAGAGGAAGGGAGCCAUAACCUGGUGUGUGGAAGGACCAAGCCCUGCAAGUCUAGACAAAAGACCUUCAAAGCUUAUCGGAAAUUGCCGGAAUUAAACAAACAAUCAAAAGUGUUAUGCACAUUACCUGUCGUGGAGCCUCGCAAACGGAGACUGGCCUCUCUGAAUGCGGAGGCUGUGAAUAGUCUGCUCUUAUAUAGAGAAUAUCCUCAAGCGACAAAACUCACAAAGAAGCUACAGUCCAAUGGGAAUCUGGCAAAAGAUGCAGUAAUUUUGGGACACAACACCCCAAGGGGUCCUAAAGUGGCAAAAUCAGACAUUUAUGUAACUGGAAGUUCUAAACAAAACAAAAAGUCUAUGAACAUGGAGUCCAUGGAUCUGCUAAGUCUGUACGGUCCCACCCCCCGGCGUCAGGCCAGCCUCAACGCUGCUGCUUUGCUCAAGAUCACCAGCACCUCCUUCAAAGCCAAACACCGGGUGGCCAAGACCAACUGCAAGCAACUGAGUGCAGUACUGCAGACCAAACAGUCGCUGCACCCCAAGCUAAAGAAACAACAGUAUCAUAAACUCCAACACGGGAAAUCCCAGACCCAUCCACAGCUGGUUCAGAGAUGCUGUAAUCUCUAUAAGAGGGAGUCAUUCCACCUCGAACCCCAGUGCGAGGGUAUUACAGGGGGGAACGGUUCCAUCAGAUCUGGCUUCCAGUGUCGAGCCUUGCUGGGCUACCCGAUGAAGUCUGUGAAGGAGGAACAGGUCAAGGAACAGGUCGAGACGCAGUUGACUCCUUCUUUCUACUGCUGCUCCCAAGAAAGGUCAGUGGAGUAUUGCCACCAACUGGCCCUGUUCCUCAACCAGAAGAGCUUCGGUGAAGACAAACUUGAGGAGCGUUCGCUCUCCAAUAGCUACCUCCCCUCUCCCCGUUCCCUGUCCCACCCACAUGCCCUAACCAUAAGCCCCCACCCUUACCCGUGUUUCUCGGGCUACUACGUCCACUUUUCUCACCAUGAAACCUCCUCUACCCUCAUGACCUCCAUGAGCUCCAUCCCCAUGCCCUACCCUCCCUCCUCUGUGGCCCCCAUGAUGUUGUGCUCUGGUGAGGUUCAGAGCCCCAAGCUGCUGUCCCCGACAGGCUCUCAACCCUCAGGAAUCGUCCACCCGGUCUACUGCUAUGGAGAAUCCUGCCAAAUCAGUGGAUACGCAUAUAGAGCAGUACCGACCCUAGCCAGCAGGAGGUGCUGUUAUAACGCAGGCUGCUCCAGCUGCAGCUACAAGAUUAAGAUGGAAGACUACUCCUCGUCUCUGGAGGACCACAGCUCCUCCUCUUUCCCAGCCUCCCCCGCACCCCGGCCCCUCUCCGGCUUCCCCGCCAGCCCCAGCACUCCCCCAGCUGCCCAAUCAGUGGCCUGCUUUCAGACCUCUCUAUCAGACCCCAGCCAACUGCAGGUCCCGGUGCAGGUGGUCCGGGAGUACCCUCAGAGUGCUAAGCCACCAAGCGGCUCUCUGUCUGGGGUGAGCAGCGGGUCGUGGUCCGUCUGCCCCCACAUUCAAGACAAGCAGCAGCUGGGGCCCGCCGGCCUCGCAGCCUGCAGAGCUGCCAAGCAGCAGCUGGGGCCCGCCGGCCUCGCAGCCUGCAGAGCUGCCAAGCAGCAGAGGAUCACCCGUCGCCGGGCAACCAAUGGUUGGCUGCCCGUGGGCGUGCCUUUCGAGAGAGAGGUUUUCACUGUGGGGGAAGAGACAACAGUGUUGCGCAAAUGUUUUGAAGGGGUCAAGCGGGAUGGGGAGGUCAUUUGGGUUCGAGACACAGUCCUGCUGCGCUCUGGCCCCAGGAAGAAGUCUCUGCCCUACAUAGCCAAAAUCUCAGCCCUAUGGGAGGACUCAGAAUCCGGAGAGAUGAUGAUGAGUCUGUUUUGGUACUACCGCCCAGAACACACACAGGGAGGCCGCAAUCCCAGCACACACUGUGAGAAUGAGAUUUUUGCAUCUCGGCAUCAGGACCAGAACAGUGUGGCCUGCAUUGAAGACAAGUGCUACGUUUUGACGUUAGCACAGUACUGUAGAUUUUGUGCCUUCGUGAAAUGUCGCGGGGAGGGUCUCCCUGAAAGUGCCACCAGAAUGGUACCGCCUUGUGUUGAAUACGGCACCUCUGCCCACCGCUGUGUGCCCACGGACAUCGACCCCAACCUGGUGUUCGUCUGUCGCCACGUCUACGACUUACGCUACGGGCGCAUCCUGAGGAACCGGCAGUAGCGCUUGUGAGGACAGUGGUAGAAGGAAGGAUUUUAAACAGUGAAAGAAGAGGUUAAAAAGACACUUUUGUUCUUUCCUCAGAAUACUCACCAAAAGCGCCAGUUGAGACAGACCAAGCCACUCUGUUUUGAGAGGGGUGUGAGAUGAGUAAGUCUCAAUGUCUGGAAGUGUUUUUGCUCAAUGUCUCUCUCUCUCUCUCUCUCGCAAAUCCUGUUGGUCACACUUGGUCAAGGAGGAAAUGUUUUUUAUCAUCCCAAGCACAAAUCCCCUUUUUUGUUUUUACUACUUUGCCAAAUUAUGAUUAAAUUUUUGCAUCAUCCCAUUCCUUGGCCUAUAUAUAUAUGUGGGUUAUAUGUAUAUAUGUGAGCUUAACACUUAUCUGUAAUGAUUUUGUCUUGAAUUUAAAGUUUAAUUGGCUUAAGUGCAUAGAGAAAUAUGUAUUUAUAUAUGGAGAACAUCUAAUUUAUUUUUAAAGUAAUUUAAGAGUGAAUUAUUUUGACUUUUCAAAGCGAGAAAUUAUCCAGGCGUUUGCCAACACUGACUCACUCUCUGCACUGUCUUAGAGGUAAAGUACCUGUGAAUCCCAAACCAGCACCUCGCCCCUAACAACUCACUCAGAGGUGCCCUCCGUUGUCACGUCCUCCGUUGUCACGUGCUGCUGAAGAAAUUCCUAGGGGGACUUCUAGAGUGGAGAGGUGAUCAAAUAAACCCAUCAACUUUGGUACACACUUGUGACUUGAAUCGUGCAAUUCAUGUUUCACAUUUAAACAAUAAUUUAAAUAGUUAUAUGAGCAGGAAAUUCUAAUUAACAAAUUCCCCUCGUCGUCUCAAGAUAUAAACCCCAGUAACAGUUAACAGAUUACAUUUAAUUUGUGAGGUAAUUUAUUUGGUAUUUGCUCAAAAUCAGACACAAAUUAAUGCAUAUUGCGCAAACUCAAAACAUUUUGCGCUGUGUGUUGGGAUAGCACUUCGCUCUGGAGCCGGCAGCCUUGCUGGCUCAGUCAAAGUAGCUAUCACUUUGAUAAUUUUAUCUCCCUCAGUUUUUGGACAUUUGUGCAUAUGGCGGAGACGUGCAUGAACGUGCAAAUGGAGGGCAGAAAGGAAGGGACUGUUUUUUUAGAUUCAGCAUAUGAAUGACCUGUGACUCUUAACUGGAAGGGCCACCCCCAAGAUAAUGUUUUUUUUCCUACUACCCUGCCUUGAAUUGACCAAUGAACAAGUGUUUGAACCCAACAUCCACCCUGCCAUUACCCAGAACUUGCCUUAUAACCCGCAGGUUCACAUUUGGGAUGCAAGCCCCAAUACAUUCACAGUUCACACUGCACCAAAUGCCCUGCUUUCUGUCUAAACCAAAGGUUGUCAGUUAGUGGAGCUACAGUUCAGUACAAGCCACUCCUAAAUUCACUCAGGCCCUUCCUGUGUUACUUUGCACUAAUCCAUGUUCCAUUUUGAGAUUGACUGUGUCUUUAGGCUGAAACUGCAACUAAUUCGUCAUCAUGGAAGUCACACUGUGUAUUCAUCUACAUGUGUGUUUGCUUAGAUCAGAGGGAAUCAAAGUUUGGUAUCACAAUUCCUGGGAAAGCUUCCUGUCUGAUCAACAUAUAUGCACACACACACACACACACACACACAAGCCUGCUUCUGAGAUGUAUCUUGAUGUAGAGUUCACCGGCCAUAGAAAAAUCUCUUACACUCUCGAUUCCUUUAUGUCCAAUCAAGAUGUGACAGAUUUGUCUUACAUGGCCUGUUGUGCCUGCCUGUCUCAGGGGACUCAGUGUCCAAUGGGCUGCAGGUAGGCAAGCAGUUGAAGAGCGUUGGGCUACUAACCGAAAGAUUGUUGGUUCAAAUCCCCUAGCUGGAAAAAAACUCUGCCGUUCUGCCCUUGAGCAAGGUAGUUAACCCCUAACAAUAUCUGCUUCCCGGGCGCCGAUGACG